AUGCCCGAAGAAGCCGAAGAAUCGAGUUCAGCUCGUAUGGCUUGGACCAAACGAUUGUCGAGAAGGCUCAAUAAACGCUCAUCGAGCUUGAUUGCUUCGUUGUUGGGCUCCAGAAGCGGUGCGACGUCGUCGAAAGCCAUCAACGACGUUGAUGAUGAUGACGAAGACGUCGAUGAUUCAGAAGCCGAUUUGUCGAAGGCUCGACGAGCUUCUGCCGCUCCAAACUUAACAGUGAAGGCAGUUAAAGAGCAUCGAAGACGUUCGGUUGAUCGAAUUCUAUUGAAGGAGCAUGUGAAAUCGCCUCAAACCGACAAACAACAGCAACAAAAGGACAAAAUUAUUGAAAAGGAACGAAAAUCGUCGUCCUCGACACAGCCAACAACAGCGAGAAAGCCGAGCUCAAGUGCACUGAAGCCGACAAACACACCGGUCUCAACUACAAAGCGUCCGUCGACAAGCAACACAAUGAAUGGAACAUCAGGAAGCAGCGGACAAAACGCGGGCGGCGUCUCAUCGUCAUCAUCGUCGUCGGCGGCCGCGAAUCAGCCACCGAACUCGGCCCGAUAUACGCACGCUCCAGCGACGAGCGUCAGCAGUCGAUCUCAUCAAUCGGGAAGGUGA